AUGGCGGCGAAUGCAGAGGGCCAAAGCGCCAAGACGGCGCACGUCAACAUGAUGACGGACACCAUCAUCACAAACCUCCCCGCUGAGAACCUACGGGUGAUCAUGCGCUCGCUGUUGGCCACGCACCCGGACAUUACCACAACUUUCGAGGCCGAAACCCGAACUUAUGUCAGAGAUGUAGCUUUACCGUCAGCUCAAGGAGAGUUGUCUUCGGAAGCAACUUUGAGAAAGACUCAGGCGACAAUUCGUUGCAUGUUAGGAUGCGGGCUCAGUCUUGAGAGCAUUUCGCUCAUGACCAGGGUAGUCAGGGGCGGCAUCAAGCUUCUCGUCGAUCCAGAGACUACCAAAGAGGAAACAACUGCUGUUCUUGCAUCCGUUGAUGGCGAUAUUGUUCAAAUUAUGACCGCCGUUGAGAAAAGGCUGCUCGCUGCUGCGCGCGAAAAUCUCCAAGACGACGAGCGCGACGCCGUGACCAAUCUCCACGAGGCCCUUAUCGAGUGCAGAGCCAUCAUAGAAGAGAAGGAAUUGGAAUAUCCCUACACAAGAGCACUUUUCGCGACUUCAAUGCUUCUUGGAGUGCCACUUCCAGUCUUCGAUAUGCCUUCAAUCGGUUCAUCGGGUCUGGGUGCAUCCCUUCCAGGCUCUGUAGAUGCGAAGGAGUUGUUUGAGAUGAACAGCUUUAGACUGCCUAGAUUAUUCACCGGACUUUGGCAAAUGUCUAGUCCAUCUUGGGGCUCGGCCCCUACAUCCAAGAUCAUUGCCCAGUUCUCCAAGCACAUGGAAGCAGGCCUUACAGCUUUCGAUAUGGCGGACCAUUACGGUGAUGCAGAAAUCAUCUUUGGUCGUUUCCGUUCGUCGUAUCCCUUCAGCGACUUGACGUUCGCAGCGACCAAGUACUGUGUCUUCAACCCAAUGACCGUGACGCGUGCCGCCGUGCAAGCCAACGUCGCUGAAAGGUGCCGAAGAUUGCAGACAGACAAGCUCGACUUGCUCCAAUUCCAUUGGCAAUUUUAUGAAGACCCUCAGUACGUAAAGGCGUUGCGCUUUCUCGAAGAAGACCCGCGCGUCAAGACCCUGGGGCUUUGCAACUUUGACACCGAGCAUAUGCAAGUCGCCAUUGAUAGAGGCAUCAAAAUUCACUCAAAUCAAGUGCAGUUCUCAUUGAUCGAUAGUAGACCCGAGGUCCGCAUGGGCAAGGUCUGCCAGGAACAUAAUAUCAAACUCCUGACUUACGGAACACUGUGCGGUGGGUUCCUCGCUGAGAAGUGGCUAGGAAAAGGGCAGCCGGAUCUCUACGACGAGGCGAUUACGCCUAGCCAGCGCAAGUACUACGCUAUGAUCCGAAGCUGGGGAGGCUGGGAUCUAUUUCAAGAUCUCUUGAAGGUGCUUAAGACGGUAGCAUCAAGGUACGGCGUCAGCGUUUCCAACGUGGCCACUCGCUGGGUGUUGGACUUCCCCUAUGUUGGUGCAGUCAUUGUUGGCACUCGGAUGGGCAUCAGCGAGCGCGCGGAUGAGAAUCUGGCGAGUCUGGGAUGGUCUCUAAGCCAGGAAGACCGAGACUUUAUUGAAGACGUAUUGAAGAGGAGUAGGAGGUUGGAGAUGUUUGAGGCGAUGGGAGACUGCGGAGGGGAGUAUCGCUAG